GAGACUCCAGAGGGUAAAAAACAUUUGUUGUUCUGAACUCUUGGAACAGGACCUGCCGUAGGGGGCAGUCGUUUCUCGGCAAGAAGUCUCUUUUCGGAACAACACCGGACGCGUAACUUUCACUUUCACUUCCUCGUUUGACACGUCAUAUCUGCGACGUGCAUUCGCUGUUUCUCCACGUGUCAACAAGAGAGAGGUGCAGUAAAACUGUAUACAUGUGUCCUCAGAGGCAGGCAUUCUUCUGUUACGACUACAUGUACUGUGUUUAGCAGGAACUGAUGUAACAGCACGUCAACAUAAAGAUGCUGCAAGAAGGAGCUCGGUUAUCGACAUCGGGCUGUUUCUUUUUUUGCGACCUCCUCUGGAGCUGUUAUAAAGCUGGACUGUGAUGGUUGUUCUGUAGCAGUUCAGCUCUUAUGAUGGAUGUGCCAUAACUGUAUCGUUUGAUAACCGCUAUUUAAGGGAUAUUUGGGACAAGUCAAAGACGAACUAAUUCAUUCGGCCGGGAGAGAGAAAUACUUUACAUUUAACAUGUUGCUGUUUUUAUGGAACAAACCAACGUGGGUCUGUGCUUUCUUGACAUACUGUACGAUGGUGAGCUGCUGUGGUCUGCUGACCUCCCUGAAGCAACCAGUUCCUCUGAAGAGCGUGGAGGUGGAGGUGGAGGUGAGGGACCAUGUGGCUACAGUGGUCUCCACUCUGAACUAUGAGAACAAGGAGGACAAACCACUGGAGGCAGUUUUUGUCUUCCCUCUGCCUGGAGAUGCUGCUGUCUGUCAUUUCAGUGCUAAGAUUGGACAGACAGAGAUUGUAGCUGAGGUGAAGGAGAAACAGGAGGCUCGUGAGGAGUAUGAUGAUGCACUGAGCUCCGGUCGGCAGGCCUUCCUGUUGGAGGAGAGUGAUCAGAGUCCAGAUAUAUUCUCUAUGAGUGUGGGCAGUCUGCCUCCAGGAGAGAGCGCCUCCAUCAGGCUGGAGUACGUCACUGAGCUGGCUGUGCAGGCUGAUGAAGGCCUCAGGUUUUCCCUUCCUGCUGUGCUCAACCCUCGCUACCAACCUAGAGGUAGUGAAGGCAACCCUGUGCAGGUGACCUCUGUUCCAGCCUCUCUGGUGCCCUACAGUCUGUCUUUCUCUGCCAGAGUGUCCUCUGCUCGUCCAGUCUCUAAAGUAGAGUCCAACUGUCCCCUGGACCCUCUCCAGUACCUCAACACAGAGCAAACCCAGGCCACGGUGAAGUUGUCUGCAGGACACAAGUUUGACAGAGAUGUUGAACUGCUGAUUUAUUACAAAGAUGCUCACCAGCCCACUGCUGUGGUGGAGGCAGGACAGGCCUCUGCCAAACCUGGCACUCUGAUGGGUGAUCCAGUAGUGAUGCUGAGUCUGUACCCUGAGUUCCCCCAGGCUGUGAUGUCUUCAGUCGCCUCACGUGGAGAGUUUGUGUUCUUACUGGAUCGAUCUGGAAGUAUGGGUUCACCUAUGAGCAACAAUGGCAGUCCAGAACGCAUUGACAGUGCCAGGGAUACUCUGCUGCUCCUGUUGAAGAGUUUACCAAUGGGCUGCUAUUUCAACAUCAUCAGUUUUGGGUCCAGAUAUGAACACAUCUUCCCUAAGAGUGUGGAGUACAGCCAGCAGACCAUGGAAGAGGCUCUGAAGAAAGUUGAGGAGAUGGAGGCUGAUCUGGGAGGAACAGAGAUCCUUGAGCCCCUCAAACACAUUUACAGCCAGCACUGCAUUCCCAAUCAACCUAGACAACUAUUUGUCUUUACUGAUGGAGAGGUGACAAACACCAAAGAAGUUAUCGAUCUGGUGAAGAAGAAUUCAGGCUCCCACAGGUGUUUCUCUUUUGGGAUUGGGGAAGGGGCCAGCUCUGCUCUCAUCAACGGGUUGGCCAAGGAAGGAGGAGGUCACGCUCAGUUCAUCACAGGGACUGACAGGAUGCAACCCAAAGUGAUGCAGUCGCUGCGAUUUGCUCUACAACCAGCUGUGGUCGACAUCUCAGUCAAGUGGGAUUUACCAGAGGGAGUCUCUGUCACUGAUCUCUCUCCACCAAUCACAGCUCUUUUCCAGGGUCAAAGGUCACUGGUUUAUGCCCAGCUCACUGGACAGAGUUCAGAGGCAGCAGAGGGCUGUGUGACGGUGAAGUACAGCCUGGCAGGUCAACCCUCUCAGAAUCAGCUCUGCUACAGUCUCAAACCUGCAGAGGACACUGGAUUAACAGUCCACAGGUUGGCUGCUCGGACUCUGAUUCGCUCCCUGGAGAUGGAGGAGAGAGAGCACAGAGGGGAGGGAGAUGGAGGAGUGAAGAAGAAGAAGGUGGUGGAGCUCAGUGUCCAAUCAGGAGUGAGCAGUGCCUUCACUGCCUUCAUUGCUGUCAACAAGAGCAAUGGCGAGGCGAUCCAAGGACCUCUGGUGCGCAGAAAUGUCCCAACACCCAUGUCUAUUGCAGCUAGUAGUUACAUGAUGCGUAUGGCUCAACAUAUGCAAUCCGGGCCUGCUCCUCACUUUGUCCAUAACAAGAGGAGACAUGAAGAGUGUUGCAGUGAAGAUGAUGACGAUGUGGAUCGAUUCCUUUUGAUGGAUGGAUUGCAUGAUGAGUUAAACAGUGAAGAUGAUGAGGAUGAGGAUGAGGAUGAGGGUGAAUCCGUUUUGAUGGAUGGAUCUCAUGAAUUUCAAGAGUUAGAAAGUGACGAUGAUCACUCCUUACUUCAGCGAAGCAGCAUUGACCCCAAGCAGCCUCCCAGAGACCCUCUGCUGCAGCUGGUCUCCCUCCAGAAGGCGUCUGGCUGCUGGGUGCUGGAUCCAGCUCUGGCUGCUGCACUGGGAAAGACCAGCGAGGAGGUGGAAAAGCACAAACCUGUCGCGGUGGAUGAGGAUGUGUGGGCCACCAUUCUGGCUCUGAUCUGGCUUCAUGGUUUCCAGAUGGAUGCUCAGGAAGAGUGGGAGCUUCUGGCUAUGAAGGCUGUGUCAUGUCUUCGUGCUCAGAGAGCAGCGGGUGUGACAGAGAGUUUGGAAGCUGGAAAUACUCUGUUGGGUUGCAAUGUACAGAAAGACAUUCUGGGAUUCUGAGGUUUCCAUUAAAGUUGUUGUUUUUCAGUAUUCUUAUGGCACUGAAGCAGAUUUACUGCUCCAGCAACCAAUUUACAUUGAAUGUUACACUUUGCACUAACUGUCUCUGUAAUAUUGUGUGCCUUCGUAUAUAUAUUUGCACUGUCAAGGCAGAGGAUUGUUCUGCUUUGUGCCAUUAAUGUUGCUUUGUUCUGGAAAUUGUUUCACGUCAAAAUUUAAAGUGGAAUCUUUGGA